UCGCAGCAGAGAUUCUGCGGUCACGUCCACCGAUUAUUUUGACAAGCGCGAAUACACUUCUGUCAUUUUCGUCGCCGACUCGAGAGAUCCGUCAAUGAGGAAAACGGGAUUUAUGGAUUCCAACUUUCAUUGUAAUCGUGUAUGACUUUUGUCCGUACAUUGUGCUGUGAAAUAUUCCCGUUCGAUCGUUUCGGGCAUAGUGUCGUGAAUUAUGGCACUGUCGAAUAUUUUACUGCUUAGCCAAAUAGCAGGCUACGUUGUGGCUUUUAUCCUGUCGCUUUGUAUUAUCGUGCCUAUGAGCCUUCAUCAGGAUGAAUUUAGAGGACACUGCCUUUUGUUUUCAACCGGAGUCUGGCAAGAGUCCGAUGGUCAAUUUGUGGUGAACUGGGCGUCACAGGCAUAUUGCAAUUACACGAUAUUCGUUGGUCUAAUACUCCUCGUAACAUCAGCGAUACAAAUCUAUCGGUUGUCUCUAUUUAUGUAUCGCAGUGAAGACAGUUCAUUUCUCUCUGCAUUUGUGGAUGUUGUAACUUCCAUCAUUCUUACCACUGUCACUUUAAUUGCCGCGAUUAUCGUGACCUUAGGUUUCAUGACGUGGUGUCAAUGUAUGACCAAGAGAUUUCCGUCGUGCGAAUUAGCAGCUGGAAACGAUAUUGAUAAAGCCGAUGGUAUCGAUACAUCAGGUUUUCAUAUCGAACUUGGCGCUGCUCAAUUUGGCAUUUGGAGCAGCCUAUCAAUUUGGGUCGGUUUGUCGGUUUUCGCUGUUUUAAAACUGCUAAGGUACCACCAACUAGAGAAUAUGAAAGUUUCCAUGUAUAGAGAAAGGCAAAGACUAAUAGAAGCUACAACGAGUAAUCAACAGCAGGAACCAAGUUAAAAGUUGAUAACCUAGCAUUUUGUUUCUCAGGGUGAAUUUGAUGAUACAUUUGCAAGGAUGAACGUGAAAUAUAAAUCUCAAAAAAUUCAUACAUUUACAUAAUACGUGUAGUUACAUAUAAGAUUCUUUGUUAACAUUGAAACACACAGAGCAGAGUGAUAUAUUGAUAAUGUAUACUAUUCUGUGUUCAGAGCCAAUCAAUUUCACAAAAAGAAUAGCAAUUUUUUUAUCGAAAGGUCUGCAUACAGUAAAAUAUUUUGAGAACAUAAAUAUAUUACAGUUCUCGUUUACAACCGAAGAAAAAUUCUUUAAAAGCUUCGCCAUAUAUCCAUGUUUAUUUAAUUUUCUCUAGGUUUAAGUAUGUAAGAUUUGUAUAAAGAUGCUAACAAUGUACAUAUAUUUCCAAACAUAGCGAACAAAUAUAAGUAUAAUAACAGAAAUAUAAAUAAUGGAAGUUAA